CUAAAUGAAACAAAGAGAAUUAGAUGAAAAUGAAGAGGAAGAAACUUGUUUUCUGUGUAUUACAAUAAAAAGAAAGAAAUAAGCAAGUAGAAGUUUAUAAACGUAAUCAAAUGAUAAAAUGAGCAUGCAACAUUUAUCAUAUGAUCAUUAAAUAGGUGAAUCUGGAAGAUAAAUUAUGUAGGAUUCAAUUGUUAAAUUAUCUGAAUAAGUAAUGAAAAUUACAGAUUAUCCUAAAAAUAAAUUAUUUUUCUUAAAGAAUAGAGCUAGUAAGGAAGAAAUAAUAGCUAAGAUUACAGAAAAGAGAUUUAAUAUAAAUGAUUUAUCUGGUUCUAUAUUGGGAUUAGAUUCACCGAAAUCUCCUUAAUAAGAGUAAUUAUAAUAAAUAGAACAUACUCCUGAUUAUGUAGCUAGAUAUAUAGCAAAGAGAUUAAAAGAAUUUGUUAUUAUUACUGAUUUAGGUUGUGGGGUUGGAGGUAAUACAGUUCAAUUGGCCAAAGAAUGUCAAUAUGUAAUAGGAGUAGAAGUAGAAGGAAAAUUAAUAGAAUUAGCAAAAAAGAAUUGCUCACACUAAAAUGUUAAUGUAGAUCUAAUUUGUGCAGAUAUAUUUACUUUAAAUAAUUUAAAAACUGAUGUAAUUUUUGUUAACCCAAGCAUAAAUAAUGAUACAAUACCAUAUAAAGACUUAUUAAAAAGCUGUAAUCCAGAUAUCAAUAAAAUUUUAUUGAAUCAUUAAAAAAAUACUAAGAACUUUGUUUUUUAAUUGUCUCCAUAAAUUGAUAUUUCUUAAUUACCUUUAUUACUUAAUAUUAAUUCUCAAUUUGCUUACUUUAGAUAGAAUUGUCCAUCAUUUUGUAGCAUUGAAAUUGAAUAGAUCAUUUUAAAUUAGCAUCUUGAAUAUAUAGUUGUCUAUUGUGGAGAUGUAUGUGAUGUAUUUAUUUAUUAUCUAAAUUUUUUUAGAUAAAAUAAUCAGAAAUUAUUAAAUUUCUUACUAAAUAAUUUCGGAAAGUAUAACCUGAUUAUAGUUCAAUUUAAAAAUAACAUUUAUUUUGGUUAUUUGAAUUGAUAAAUAGAAACAUUGGAAUUCAAAAUCUUAUUUAUAGAGCAGUUGAAGCAAUUAAAUAAAAAAAAUCUAUAGAAAAUUUUUGUAAAUUUAUUAAACAAUAAUUUUAAAUUCACUAAGAUCUUUACUAAACUUAUAUUAAUCAGUAAACUUUUAUUUAAAUUAAGUGAUAAAAAUGAUAAAGAGGAUUUAUACUCUGUAUCAAAACAAGAAAUUGAUUAAUAGGACAUAGAUAAUAUGAGUCCAAGCAAUUUUUCAUAUAAAUAAAUUGAAGUUGCAAAUAUGCACUAUUCUUAUAAUAAUGAAAAUGUAUUUGAAGUUUUUGAAGAUGAAGAAAUAGAUAGACAUAAUUCAUUUGUGAUGAAUGUUAAACAUUGA